GGAUCGAGCGGAUGCCACUCUUGCUUCCAUCUCUCCCUCCAUUCUUUCUCUUCCAUGUCUCUCAUCGUCGUGGUGGCCUUUGCAUCCUCCCCGCAGAGACCUUGCCAAGGGAGUUCCCCCCACACGCUGCGGAAGCUGUCAGGAUUCUGGAAUUGUGCCAACUCGGAUCUCGCCAGUUUUCAUCAGGGAAAGCCUUCUCCAUCUGACUGAACCGGAUGUUAACUGCAUGCGCCUGCUGUGCUGUCUUACUAACCCUCCCAGCCAAGCCGACGCUGCAGGAUCCCAAACUCUAAUACAACCCAUCAUGCAAGGCUGAGCCCAUCUCGCGACCUCCCACUUUCAUCAUCCCCGGUCUCGAGGGCGACCCAACCAGGAACCAAUCCAGGGCAUUCCACCCCCUCCAUUACGAGGCGCGACUGGAGAUGAUCCAGUCACUGGGCCUGCCCAUGCGUUCGCGGGGGCUGUGUACAUGGUGCUCGGUCGUGCUGUGCUUCGGUCUACUGGGCCUGUUGUACAUGCGACUGCUCAAGGACGAUCUCACUCUAAUCCUUAAUCGAGUGGAGAAGCACCGGCCCAAUGCCCUGGUUCUGGCCAAAACCCGCUCGGAAGAUGUUUCCUGGGCAUACACCCUCAAGCCACAGUAUGUGUUCAUGACCCAUCCUAGGCCUCAACCAAGGAUAAGAAUAAGCACCGUGGCUCACUCGCUUGGUAGCUGGAAGCCCUUCAUCUACACCUCCGACCAGGAGCCCGGGUACUACGCCAUUCCGGCGAAUAAGGCCCGCGAGGGUAUGGCGUAUUUGACGCACAUCAUUGACUUCUACGACCGUCUUGCCGAUGUCACAGCGUUCAUGCACGCCUCCGCCACCCAGUGGCACAACGAUGUCGGCGACAUGGUGUCAGCGGCCCUGCUGCGACGACUCAGUCUGGAUGCCGUGAACCGUGCGGGAUAUGCGAACCUCCGCUGUCAGCACCGCCCAGGGUGUCCCGUGGCCGUGCGCCCUUUCGAUCCUGCCAUGGCUUCGAACCAUAAUGUGGUGUAUCGCAACUUCACUUCGAUCUACAUGGACCUGUUCGCCGUGCCCCGGGAUCAAGUUCCCACCGAGGUCGGCGGCGUCUGCUGCGGCCAAUUUGUGCUUACGAGGGACCGGAUCCGAGAACGGCCGCGAGAUGAUUAUGUGCGAAUGCGCGACUGGGCCCUGGCCACUGAGAUGGACACGUUCGCUGCGGGGUCGGUUUUCGAGAUGCUGUGGCAUAUUAUCUUUCUCGAGCAGCCUAUAUCAUGUCCGGAUGUCCAGCAGUGUUAUUGUGAGCUUUAUAAUUUAUGUCCUGAAAAUAAUGACCAUGCUUGAACAUUAAUAUUUUUCUCCACCCUGUCAGCUAUCCCCUUUGGCGUAAACUAAUCUUAAACCUCACUGCUGGCUGGUGGUGAAGCUGUGAGGGUGGCUCGCAUGCGCAUCUUGCUCCUCCGGUGAGCUUAUCACAGGCCCGCACGGCAUCAAAAUUGAUGCAAGUGCCCGAGUCCUCCAGCCUCGGCC